AAAAUUGGUCACACUGUCCAUUUUCGUUGUCUAUCUUGUUUUUUUUUUUUGUUUUUUGUGUAAAACUUCAUAGUUCAAUUGGCUCAAGCCAAGAACAAUAAUAAUGAAGCUGCCGAUUGUCUGUCGUACCUGCGACAGUGCUAAAGACACGGACAAGCUGUAUAAUCUAGACACGCCUAGCAAAGAAUAUCCGGAAAAGUUGCUGUCCGAAAUCCUCGGUGAAUUAAUAAAUAUUGAUCUAAAGCUCCAUAUGUCCAGUGACCAGAAGUUGCCGCAAUCGUUGUGCCAAUCUUGUUUAAAGAGAUUAACGACUUCCUAUGAUUAUAUGAAACAAGCUUUGUCCGCAAACUUUUUGCUGAUGCGGCAGCUUCAAGAUUGCUUGCAGGAGUCGCCAAUGGAGCUAUGUGCCGAACAGCAUGUGGAGGUUAAAAUGGAAACUGAAGGGGAUGAGAGUGAUAGGGAAAACGGAGAGACUGGGAAGAUAACCUGUACUGAAUUGCCCAAUCUAGAAGAGUCUGAUGCUAUUGGUGGUGAUGCUGAUGGGGAUACCAAGAGACUAAUUGAUCCCUUAACGAUGUUGGAUCCGACGGCAGUGAAAAAGGAAAAUGACAUACAACAUCCCAACGUAGAAGAGGAGGAGGAUGAAUUAGUUAACGCUAAUUGUAACGAUGAUGGGUUCGACGACUCCGACGACGAUGACGAUGAAGACUCCCUUGAUAAUAUUCCUCUGCAACAACGGGUUUUAAAAUGGAAAAAGAAGCGUAAUACUCUCAAGUUGACAAGACGACGACCAUUUGAAUGUAGUGAAUGUCCGAAAAGUUUCAUACGAGGCGAGUCCUUAAAGAAGCAUAAGUCUAGGAUCCAUCAAUCAUCUGGCCUCUUUUCUUGCUCUCUUUGCAUUCGCAAAUUUAACCGUCAAGAAAAUUUGGAGUCUCAUCUUAAAGUUCAUAGUGAAUCAAAGAGGUCAUCGCAUCUUAGCGAGCACAAGAAAGCCAAAUCGAUUGAUGUCAAUCUUUGCAAACCCCAUGGUUAUAAACUUAUCGAAUGCAUGCUCUGUCAGAGUCAAUAUAACAAAAUAUUGGACUUACGCCGCCAUUUAGAGAAUCAUCCAGAAAUUACUACUCUGGCCAAACGGCCCAAUGUAGAGUCUCUAGCCGAUUUCUUUUAUCCGGACUCAAAAAAUAUUGGAGAAGAGCAGCUAAAGCAACUCAUACGUCAGGACUUAAUGGCUGGCCAUUUUCAGCGCUUCUAUUCAAUUACCAAUCAAUCUGGUUAUGAAAUCGAUUUGGACAGUUCAGAAACCGAUAGCGAAGGUGAGGCAGAGGCAGAGCAAGAAUCACAAUAUCUGGAAUACACUUGUGAGCUGUGCCCGCAAAGAUACGCGCGAAAGUAUCAGCUCUACGAUCACCAGCGUCAAAUUCAUCCCUGGUUGGAGGCUCCCCAUGUCUGUGGUCGUUGUCAGGCCAGAUUUGUUAGUCUUCAACUACUGCGACACCAUAAUGAGUCACAGUGCCGUAAUGCCCAGAAACGAUUUUUGUGCUACAAAUGUCCGUUGCGAUUUCGAUGGAAACAUAAUUUCAGGAGUCACAUUCGGGAGCAUCGAAUUACGAAUCAAACUUUUGAGUGCCCCGACUGUAAGCGGGUAUUUGACAAAAAGAAGUCUCUCACGGUCCAUUUACUCAGCGUCCAUGCCGACGAGUCAAAGUUGCUGCCCUGCCAGUGGUGUAGUCGCAAAUUCUACCGUCGUGAUUAUCUAGUUAAGCAUUUAAAACGACAUGGAUUUAAAGAGCAGGACAUACCGUUAGCAGAGACUUUAAUACAAGCCACCUCAAAGCCCAACGGCAUUAAACGGAUUAGCUGUAAGUUAUGCAACUCUCAGUUUAAACGUCUACAUGAACUACGGGCCCACAUCCAACUGGAACUGGGGCUGAAGCUAACGAUGUCGUCGUCGGCAUCAGAACAGCCAAAUAUCAAUUCACCCCUUAACUAUUCCAUAACCAAUGAAUCAGGAUUCGAGCUGCAGUUAAGUGAUUCGGAAACAGAGGACGAUAUGUUAAUGCCGGCAGUAGGUGCUGGACACAAUGUUGGCUAUAUGUGUGAGCUGUGCAGUAUACAAUGUCGACGCAAAUACGAAAUGAUUCAGCACCAAAGGGCAAUGCAUCGCUUCGACAAGAUGCCCUACGAGUGCGAAAUGUGCAUCUUUAAGUGUGUUUCCAAGAGCAUUAUGGAGCAUCAUCGAUCGCGACAGUGCGGUAGCUUGGAUAAAAAAUUUUCAUGUGGACAGUGCAGUUAUAAAUUUAUGUGGCCAGAGAACCUUGAGCAGCAUCUCCGUUUGCAACAUGGCCAGACUUCAUCUACGGCUGAGCAGCAGCUUUUAAUCAGCAAUGACAUCCUCCCGACAAAAACAAUUGCGACGGAGAAACAACCGCAGACGCAAAUAGAUGUCCAGCUACUUCAAUGUCCACACUGUGAUAGAACCUAUCAAAUGAAGUCCCGUCUAAACAAUCACAUCCGUGAUGUGCACGUAAAUGGCGAUCGGAAGCGAAAGGAGGCGGAAAAAAGAUUUCUUUGCUCACUGUGCGGACGUGAGACAAAAACAGCCGCCUGUCUAGUUACCCAUAUGCGACGACAUACCGGAGAGAAACCCUUUAAAUGCGAUUUUUGUGAAAUGGCCUUCCCCCGACACUCUGAAAUGACGGCACAUCGGAGAAUGCAUACAGGUGAAAAACCAUACCAUUGCACGGUAUGUGGCAAGGACUUUGCUCGCUCGGACAAAUUGAAGAGACAUAUGCUAACACACAGUGGAUUGAAACCGCAUGCCUGUACCUAUUGUGAAAAAAGUUAUCGGCAGGCAAAGGAUCUAAAGUUACACCUCCAACAGCAUACUGGAGAGUGCCCCUUUAUUUGCGGCACAUGCGGAGAGAGGUUCAUCCAAAGCAGCACACUAGAAAAGCACCGAAUGAUGCGACGGCAUUUUGACGAGGUUGAGGGGGCGUCGAUGUCAUUGACACGAAAUUAGUUUCAAUAAAAUAUACGAUUAGCGUUUUCGUAAUUCAAUUUUCCAGAAA